AUAGCUGCGUUCCGAUAUUCACUGCCAAUACUGAAAAUAUAUAGUUCAUAUCACGUAUAUUAUAGAUUUUCAGUACUUGCAGUGAAUAUCAGAACGCAGUUUAUAUCCCGUCCCGUAUUGUCACGCUCCAUUCACGGAUCCCGGUUCGAGGGAGUUUGAGGCAUCGCUGGGACUGUUGCCUCGUGUACGUCGGACUUCGAUGAAGAUGAAGCGGAUGAAAAACGAAGUGAUCAGUGCAACGGUCGAAUCUUAUUUAAAACGACGUCAUUAUCAGGCCAAUGACGUUUACCAGCAACGCAAGGGUAAUCAGUUGUUAUUUUGUCAGAACAGUGAUCAAAUGACGUUAAACGCGACGGCAGAAUGUGGUACUUCGCAGGAGAAUUCAAUCGUUUUCAGUGCUAUUACUAUUGACAUCACAGCGGCGGAUCAAGCUUAUCAACGAUUAAAGAAAUGGAUGAAUGUCAUACUCAAUGAAAAGAUAAGAAUUGAAUUGCAAGGACUUUUGUACCCAAUAUUUUGUCAUCUUUAUUUAGAGAUGCUACAUGUUGGUAACCGACAACCUGCAGUUCAAUUUCUGAAGACCCAUCAGAAUGAUUUUGUCAGUGAUACAGAGAAAGACUUUAUAGAAGAAUUAUCCAGUGUAUAUUCAGUUCAAGAUAUUGAAUUAAGACCUUUAGUAAAUGCAUUCAGAACUAGGAAGUAUAAAGUAGAUUUAUCCGAGUCAGCACAUAUUUGUCUAAAACAGUAUCUUACCAAAUAUGGACAUAUAAUAUUAAUGCAGAUUAUAAAUAUGCAUAUCACAAUAAUCAGAAAAACAGAUAGUCCUCAAAUGGAUGGAGAAGUACCUGAAGAGAAAACUCAGAGAUAUGAAGCAAGCAUUAAUGGCCAUGUGGAGCAACCAUCUGGCACUGGAGUAGAUCGUGAAAUGAGAGAAUUACAGGAAGCUAUACGAUUGAUACAGAAUAAUGCUCAUCAACCAUUAAGAUUAUUUACAGUAAAAAACGCUAUAGAAAACGCAAGUUGUGGUCUUAUUGCACCUAAAAUGGAUAAGUUAGCUAUAGGUUUUAGCACAGCCGAAAUACGUUUAUGGGGAAUAGGUGAAACAGUUUUGGUCAAAAAAAGAAAUAAGCAAACGUGUAUUCCAUCUGCCUGUGAUAUAUCGCCAUUUUAUAAAUUCAAUGAGCAAGAGAAUACAGUAACAAGCGAAGCAGGAGCGAUAAUAUUAAGAGGACACAUGGAUGUAGUGCACGAUUUAAGAUUUAUUCCAGAAGCAGAUAUUCUUCUUUCUGUAUCAAGCGAUAAGGAUAUGAGAGCAUGGAGACUUAACGAUUAUUCGUGUGCAGCAAUAUAUAGUGGUCAUAGUUACCCUAUAUGGUGUAUGGAUACCAGUGUGUUCAAUUUAUAUAUUGCCACAGGUUCACAUGACAGAACUGCAAAAUUAUGGUCAUUGGAUAGAACGUUUCCCUUAAGAAUAUUUGCUGGUCAUUUUUUAGAUGUUAAUUGUAUAAAAUUUCAUCCAAACGCUCGAUAUAUAGCAACUGGUUCCGCCGAUAAAACCAUAAGACUAUGGUCAAAGGAUGAUGGGAAUCUAUUGCGAGUAUAUGUUGGGGCGCAAUCAACUAUUUAUACUUUAGCUUUUAGUCCAGACGGCAAAUAUUUAGCUGCUGCAGGUGAUGAUAAAUCUAUAUCUAUAUGGGAUUUAGCAUCUAAUGAUUUACUGACUGAACUGAAAGGCCAUAAGGAUACAGUCAUGAAUGUUGAUUGGAGUUUGGAUGGUCAAUACAUUGCUAGUGCAAGCCUAGAUGGAAUUGUACGAUUGUGGCCUACUCAAGAUUUUAUCAAAACAUUGAAUGGAGGUUCAUCCAAUGUUAUGUCUCAAUCAGAGGUGCCACAAAUUUAUUCAACAUGUUGCUCAAGCAUUCUCUCAUUGAAUUAUUAUAAGAAGAAUAAUUCGUUAAUUUGUAUUGGCACUAAAUAAUUUUUUAAUUAUUUAUUACUGUGCUCUUUUAUCUGAUAUUAUAUACUGAAAAUUUUUAAGUAAAAUUAAGACUGGAUAUUAGUAUAAACUUGUUUUAUAGAUUGUUCUAGCUAGUAAUUAGUCAUAAAAUAUGACUUCAAUUUUUACAAUAUUUAUAAGAAAAAUGCAUCAUACAUUAUUUCAAUAUAUUCUAUGUAUCUAGAUACUGUACUCAUCUCAUUGUUUUAAUAUUUUUAUUAUCUUUAAUUUUUAUCAUAAAAAUCCAACUUUUCAGUCAUUAAUUGUGAAUAUAUAUUUCCGGUGAAUAUAUAUUUUCUUUUUAAUUAUCUUUUAUUUUCAUCAUUUAUUUUUUGUUUUAAUUUUCAUUCCGAAUGUUUAUAUCUCAUCAAAUUAAAUCUGUCAUAUUUUUCAGUAAAUCUAAUCAUUUUCAGUAAAUUUAUAGCAGUGAAAAAUUUUUAAUUUUCAAUAAAUCUAGUAUAUAUAAAUUGAUAAAAAUUCAAUGAGAGAAAAAUAAUCAAGCAUUAUGUUUGUGCAAUUUUGUAAAUUUCCUAUGGAAAUAUUUAUUAUCUGAAUUAUCUAAAAAUGAUACAUUAACAAUUUUCUGUCUUGUUAUAAAGACCUUGUAAAUUAUGAAUAAUGUUAAAAAAUAGUGAAAUAAUAGUUUUUUUAUAAAAA